GGUUGGCCGACGGAAGACUUUAAAUCUGACUGGCUGGGAAAAGGGGCUGUUUCUCCUCCCGUAUUUUGAAAUGGUAAUGAGUUCACGGAAUGACAACCCAGUGUAAUAAAAUAUGUACACGGAUAUAACAGGGCACUUGAAAUAAUUCUCUCUAACGAUAAUAUACAGUAUCGUUGUGUUCUCCUGUAAAAGCUGAACUGGAACGUUUAAAGUCUUCGUAUUUCAAGGUGUUGUUCGUUUUGGGAAAGAAUUAAGACGUUUCUGUAGAUUUCUAAGCACAUAAAAACCCCCCCAACUAGAACAGGGGACGGACUCCGGACUAAACAUCAACAUCUAGAUACUAGAGAGGAUAACAAAUAUACAAGGUCUAGGAACAAUCACAGGAUGAAGUAGCAGAACAUCGACUUCGUGUCUUGCAAACCUAUGUGAGUUUUAGUGGUCUGUAAAAAGCCAACGUACAAAACAAGACACCCGAGACUGCAAUGCUUGUGAUGUUUCAUGAAGUACAUUAGCUAGUACUGUGUGGUGAACGGCUUUGAUUCUCGCGAAAGUAAACCUCAUCGCGGUACUUCUUGGCCGCAGCAAGACUUAAUCCUGGAGGCCAGACUGGAAUUCGAGAGCAGCUUCUUGAAGCAGCUGUAUAGCGAGCACCGCCAGUUAGAGUACCGGCACCAUCAUCACCGUAUUCAUCAACACCACCAGCAGCAGCAGCAGCAGCUGCAGCAGCAAGAAACAAUGCUGAGUACAGUGCUGCCUUACCACCUGGCUGGGCUGGGUUUGCUGAGGCCUCUAUCAAUGGAAGGUCAAGGUCGCGUGAACCAGCUGGGGGGCGUGUUCAUCAAUGGCAGACCGUUACCCAAUCACAUCCGCUUGAAGAUCGUGGAGUUGGCAGCUCAGGGUGUCCGCCCCUGUGUCAUCAGCAGGCAGCUCAGGGUCUCACACGGGUGUGUUUCAAAAAUCCUGCAACGCUACCAAGAAACCGGAAGUAUACGCCCCGGAGUCAUUGGCGGAAGUAAACCCCGGGUCGCGACCCCAGAGGUCGAAGGUCGUAUCGAAGAAUACAAACGAGAGAACCCGGGUGUGUUCAGCUGGGAGAUCAGAGACAAGCUACUCAAGGUGGGGGCAACACACGACGGCGUGUGUGACCGCAACAGUGUGCCCAGUGUGAGCUCCAUCUCGCGCGUUCUUCGCUCACGGUUUCCCCGGGACGAGCUGGAGGGGGAGGAGGGGAGGCAUGAGGACGGGUCAGCUGGCAGCAGAAGCAAUGACCCUCUGGCACCGGAGAGGCACCCACUGGACAGGGAGGACUACUCCGACUGUGAGUCCGAGCCGGGCCUGGAGCUUAAGCGUAAGCAGAGACGUAGCCGUACGUCGUUCAGUAACGAGCAGCUGGAGGACCUGGAGAGGGCGUUUGAGAGGACCCACUAUCCGGACAUCUACACCAGGGAGGAGCUGGCACAGAGGACCAAGCUCACGGAGGCCAGAGUACAGGUGUGGUUCAGCAACAGAAGAGCGCGCUGGAGAAAGCAGGUCGGAAGUAACCAACUGUCCGCCAUCAACACAUUCCUGCAGCUUCCGCAACUGCCUCAGACAUCCAGCACGUCACAUGGUCUACACCCUGCGGCCUCCGCCGCAGUGGCUGCCCCCGGACCCGUGGCCCCGCCCCCUCCUCAACAGCCCAGUAUGAUGGCGACGGUCCCACAAACAGCCCCUCCACCGCCGCCCCCUCCUCCUACACAGGGCCCUGCUCCAGCCUUCAUGUUCACAGAGCCCAACUACACCCUGCCUUCCACCCCAG